AAGAGAAAUAGUGAGGCGACGGGGUUUCGAUUUUGUCAUCAUUGACAUGUCCAGACUGAGCGAGCGAGAAAACUGUCUCGCAAUAUCGAGGCGAUUUAAUUACAACUUCAUGAUCAGUUGUUCGAUUUACGCGCGAGCAAAGGCGCCGAUCGAACAGCGAGGACAUUGCCGCAGGACCAAGGAAAGACGCUGACGCGUCUGUAUCGCAAGAGAUGACAACUACAUUCGGAUUGUUGCUGUUUCCUGGGAGAGGAAGGCUAGCGGAACGACCGAUGUGGGUGAAAGCGAGACGGAAGAUAGCGUCGGACGGGAGUGUCACGUGACAUCGCGAUAGCACCUGUGAGGAACACCGUCGACGGAUGGCGCCACUGACCACGGGCAAGGCUGAUAUUCUACGACGACAGGAAGGCAAGCAGCAGCAUUCUGGUGCGAGGUUGUGUCAUCGAGUGAUACGACGGCGGCUGAAUUGACGCUAUAACACCGCGUUUACUAAAACUAACGAUCCAUUGCUGGGCCGCGUUGGUAACUCGCGGCACGUCCUCGAGGCUACGAAGACCAUUGAGAUCAGUAACGCAGAAGCGUCGUAUCUGGGAUCUCCGCAAGGUAAUGAACAAAAUGGCGUCUCAGGAGAACAGCGAAAGUUUGAUGAAAUCUACCAUGGACAACAUAGAUACAAUGGCACAACCAAAAAUGGAUGAAAAUAUAUCACUAACUGCUUCAUUACCCGUUGAGCAACAUGCUGAGUCAACUGACACAGCUGCCAAUACAAAAGAAAAAGAUUUAAUGUCAGAUGCAACCAAUGAUUGUACAAGUGUACAGAAAAAUGAUUCUGAUAAUACUUUAAAAGACAAAGAUCAAUUAAAAUCAUUAGUAAUUGAUGAGAAUAAACAAGAUGACAAUAAGACAGAUAAGAAGGGAGAGACACAAGAUGUAACUUUAGAUCCAAAUAUAAAUCAAGAGAAGGAAGUUAAAAACGAAGAUGCUCCAAUAAAAGGAUCUGUUUGGAAACGAAAGCGUAAAAGUAAUGUAAUGAUGACAACAGACUUUCUUGUCGAAGAGAGUAAGACGAAUAAGAAGAAAGAAACGCAAAAUGUAGCCUCACUUACAGAUCCUCAAAAUAUAGAGAAAGAAAAGGAAGUGAAAAACGAAGAAGCUUUGACAAAAGAAUUUGUUUUAAAACGAAAGCGUAAAAGGUUAGCACAAUGUACCAGUAAUGCGACGACGACAGCGGAAUUUCCUGUCGAGGAAAAUAAGACAGAUAAAAAGAAAGAGACGCAAAAUAUAACUUCACUUGCAGAUCCUCAAAAUACAGAUGACAAAAAAGAAGUUAAAAAUGAAGACACUUCAAUAAAAGAAUCUGUUUUGAAACGAAAGCGUAAAAGUAUUGAUAUUUUCAGUAUUACAUCGAUAGCGGAAGUUCCAACGGAGGAAAAUAACAUCAGGAGCAAGAGGAAGAAGUUAAAAACUGGCUACGACCGAUUUUGUUGGCGAUGUCACAAAGAGAAGGUUGACGCUUACUGUACUGCCUGCCCUCGCUCAUGGCAUCGUAAAUGUAUAGGUGGCACGCCGUCGUCAUUGGAGAAGUGGAUAUGUGGUGAAUGUGCAACCAUCUUGAAAGCAGAAAAUGCUGAGACGCGUUCCAUAACCAUGGCCCACUUGUCCAUCGAUCAAUUGUGCAUGUUGCUCAAAUACGUAGUUGAAAGAUUACGCGAUUAUCCUGGCUCUGAACCAUUUUGCAAACCUGUGGAUCUAAUGGAAGUGCCGAAUUAUCUGGAUUACGUUAUCAAGCCGAUGGACUUGAGUCUUUUAGAAUCGAACGUGAGAUCUAAGCUUUACGGCAGUACCGAUGCGUUUAUGGCAGACGCAAAAUGGAUUCAACAUAAUUGCGUCGUGUUUAAUACAUGCGGUGGUGUUUACGCAGACAUGUCGAAACUGACAAACGCGGCGAAACAAAUUAUUAAAGUGGCGCGUCAGGAAGUCUCGGAAAUUGAGGCGUGUCCCGAUUGUUAUGCGCAUGGUCGAAACUUACCAAGACCUCAGCCUUCAUGGUUUAUCGAGCCCUGUCGUCGACCGCAUCCACUUGUGUGGGCCAAAUUGAAGGGUUUCCCGUUUUGGCCAGCAAAGGCAAUGCCUCGCCUCAAUUCUCAAGGAUAUGUAGACGUGCGUUUCUUCGGCGAACACGAUCGUGCCUGGGUACCACCAAAGGAUCUCUUCUUGUACUCCGAGGAGCCACCCGCGCCAUCCCCUCGUAAACGAAAACCUGACAUGGACGAGUGCAUACGAGAGGUUACUCGACAUAUUAGAAAGCUGACGCUUAUGUUCGGCGAGUUUAAAUAUGUAAAACCCAGAGUUCAGUACGAUCCAAACAAUCCGACGCAGAUACAGCUGAUGCUACCAUAUUACAACCCUCUUGAAUCCAAUAAUUCUCUUCCCAAUUCUGAAUUCUCCAUACCUCUGAAGAAGACGACCCAGAAAAAACGAAGUUUCCUUAAAAGUAAAUCACAGAGUGAAGAGUCGAUUGAUAUUAUUGAAGUAAAUCCCGACUCGAAAAGCGAGACUCCUGAAAAGGAGGUUAAAGCUACAAUGUCAAAAGUACAAAAGUUAAAUACAGAUGUUAAGAAUAUUUCAAACAUGCAAACAGAUCUAAAUAGUAGUCACAGUAAACUAAACAGGAAAAAUCAAGAGAUUAUAAAGUCAACCUCUCAAGAUGUUGCUCAAAAUAAAACAGAAAAAAAUUAUAAACCAAGAAACGCAAGGACAUCAAUGUCUCGAUCAAAUGUUGCGCUUACGGAUAAUGCCUCUGAAAAUAAUAGUACGAAUUCAAAUGCCAGUGUCUCAAAUAAGAAUAAUUCGUCUAAAGGGAAGAAUGAAGAGAAAUCUAUAAAAAAUUUGCCGAAGUCUGUGAUACAAUCAGGUACAGAAUCAUCCGACUCGGUGCGAGGACAAAGGAAAAGCCUUUUGAAAAAUAUUAUUAAUCCUAAAUUGGCUCUCUCUCAAGUGGACAACUCAAAGACGACUACAAAGUACGCAAAGACUAAUAAAGCGUACAAGCCGAAAACGAGGCUUUUCGACAAGCUGAACAUGGAGAAGGGAUCUGUUACCGCGAGCAAGGAAAACGAGACAUUACCGAAUUCGAGUGAAGUCAUUCCUGGGAUGUCGUUAUUGAAUAACAAUAAAGAAUCGUCAAAUGUACAAAAGAACGUAUCUGAAAUCGACAUAAAACUAUCGUCAAAUGCGAGUCCCACUCGUACCAUUCCAUCGACGAAUCCGAUCGUUCCUAUGGAUAAAUCCUUGUUGCUCCUCGUGGUAAACGGGAAACCCGCUGAGCCUGUGCAACAAGUCGCGUCAACAAUUGACUAUCAAGGUAACAAGGAUGUGCGCUCCGUAACGAAGGAGGGACAUAAUAAUUCGCCGAAGAAAGAGAGUAAGGCUAGAAAGAGUUUCCCUGGAAGAUCACCUAGUUCACAAAAUGUUCAACGGACGGCCCAUAUGCCGGACGUAGAUGAAAUUAUUCAAGUUUUUCCGGAUAAGCCAAAUUCAUCAUCUACGUAUCAGUUGCUGCCUCCGGAGGCCGGACCGAUUAGCGCGCGUUUGCAUCAUGAUGCUCACGAUCUCGCGAAAAAAAUGGGCCGUUUGAUGGAAGAGGCGUACAAGGAAGCAGCUCAGGAAACCAUUAAUGGUGAAAACGGUACAUCUGAUAAUUAUCAGGCAACGAUAUUUUUCCUGCGAAUGCAGAUCGAGCACAUAAAGUGGCAACAUCAGCAACAACUAGCCGAGUUGAAACACAAUACAGAUCGAACCCUACGUGAGAUGCGCGCGAGUUUGGAAGCAGAGAAAUUGCGAUCGGUCGAAGAAGUUCGCAAGGAGGUUGAAGAAGACAAGCUGCGCUGUAUCGAAGAGACCAAGCGAAAACAAUGGUGCGCUAAAUGUGGACAGGAAGCGAUGUUUUACUGUUGUUGGAACACCGCUUACUGUAAUUAUCCUUGUCAGCAAUCGCAUUGGCCGACGCACAUGCGAUCAUGUUCUCAACAGCCUACGUACAACACCAUCGUUACGAAUUCGAGUGCAAAUUUGAAUCCGCAGCAGGUGAUGCCCAGACUUGCAUUAAACAUGGAUCACAAGACUUUAAAGAGCCUAGAGUGAAUAGUAUCAAUAACGUCAUGAUACACGAUUCCACGAGCAAGGCAUACUCUCUGCCACCCAACAAAUUGAGUGAAAUUUCGUCAUCGUCCACUUCGCCGCUUAGAAAUAAAAUCAACAAAAAUAUUCUCUAAACAAAUCGUAAUUUAUUUAUAAUCGAUUCGAUAUCGCCCACAAGUAGGAUGAAAAAAUGUUGGUAACACCGCAGGUAAAUUCAUUUGUGAAUAAUCAACAAGUAUUGAUUUAAUUUACAAUGAUACCAUCUGAAAUCGUACAUAAAGCUUUUUUUCUUUCUUUUUUUUUUUAGAUGUUUUCAUUGUGCGAUGUAAAUAAUUGUGGUGAAUGAUAUCUUCACAAUUUUCAGAUCAAUAUAUUACACAUUAAGUUGUAAAAGACUCAAAGAUGAUACAUAUUUCAUUAACAUUUGUAAUAAAUUGACGGUAUUCAUUAAUUUAAUUAGUAUUAAAAAGUGAUAAUUUAAUAGUUAUUGUAGAAAAUAUGAAACAAAUAUGUAAUAUACUAUAUUUAAAGAAAUGUAAGGUAUCCUUAAGUCGAUAAAUUCUUGCAAUGAUAAUUUAUACGUGUUUAACGUAUUUAAGUUUGUAGCAAUCUGUUUUUAAGUUUUGAUAACACUAAAUUUUCUAAUUACGUUCGCAUAAUUUUUCAAUUCCUUGAUAGAUACACUUAAAAAACACAAGAUAAGAGAUAAAAAUUAUUUUUCCAACAGUCUCACGACGUAAAUACACUUCUGAACAGAAUAAUCGACAUUUUCUUAGAGAACGCUUUAAGCGUUUAUAGGAAUUUAUUUUUUGGUUAAAUCUAUCCUAAUGUGAAGCUUAGACACGAAUAAUUUUCAUCUCGUUUAUUAAUAAAUCAUUAAGCAGAGAUACAUUGAAA